AUGUACCGCAAACGGGCCGCCACAGAGUCACUACUGCCCGACCGCGCCGCCAAGCAGGCGAGGCUAGCCAAGUCCGGAAUAUUCGCAGAUUCAGCCACGGCGAACCAAGAACAGGGCGCAUUGGCACGCCUACUGAGCGCGUCUUUCGCGUACAUCGAGCAGGGCGUCGACUUUCUGUCCAGGACCAUCGAUUCGUGGGAGAACACCAAGGUUGGGACGAUGGAGUUGGCGGGGGAGGAUGACCCCGAGCCAGACGCGACGCCCAGCCAGAACGCGUCUUGCCGCCUGCCGUCAUCGUCCCAUCUGUCUAUACCGAACGGGGACGCAGACUCCACGUGGAAGGAGAGCUCGGCGCCGCCGCCGUCGUCGGCGUCUGCCAUGCCUCCACCUCCGGUCCCCGCCCACGCGCGACCAACCACGCCGGCCCGGACGUACUCGAGCGGGUACAUGGACGUGCAGACGCCCGUCGCCGGCUCGGACGUCGUCAUGGCAGACGGCGCCUAUCUUCGGAGCCGCGCCCCGCCGCCGUCCCCGCACCUGCCCCAUCUGGCGACACCGAUCGUACCCCGGACAGGACGCGAGGAACUGGCGCCACCGCCCCCUCCCCCCGCCUUUUCCUCCUCUUCCUCUACAAAGUCCUCUCCCACCUCUGUAGCCGGCCCAUCCACCCCUUCGACUUCCGUCCCUCGAUCGACCUCUCCCGUCCCGACUUCCCACCUACAACCUUCAUACACUCCCGACUACUCGCGCAAAGCCGCCGCGAGCUCCGAAGAUCCUGCCCAGGCCGGUCCCUCACAGCCCAGAGGGCGCUCGUACGCAGAAACUGCCUAUAGCAUGUAUUCCCACCCGCCGACCGAACCAACCCUACGACGGGACAAGUCCCGGCCUCGAACACAUGUAUUGCAGAACCAUCAUAAACGAAAGGUCAAGGCGUACAAGAAGGAACAGGAGGACGCAAUCACCGAGCUUUGGAAAAUGGAGCGUCAGAGGCUGGGUUUCUCGUCCGGGCGGGAUGACUACGAGAGCAAACUACGAUAUGCGGCCCUUCUCGAUAAUCUUGACGCCACUCCGAUACCUGAAAAGUCGAGGCAUCAACAAAUAUUAGACGCUCUGCAGCCGGCGAAAUCUAUACCAGAUCUACGAUCGGCUGCCCGUGCUGACGCCAGUAGGCGGCACUCUUUCACCGGAGACAUUGGACUUGAGCGCGCUCUAGAGCGCGCACGAUUGACGAUGGAGAGCCGCAAGCCGCUUGCACCAUAUACACCCACGCAUGACCAGCGACUCGAGUGGCUCCGCAAGCAGGAUAGCCAGAUCGAGCAACGCUUGCGCCCAAAGUGCCCUACCGAGUUACCGCCAGAGGACGAGGAAGACGUUCGCCUGACUUUCAAGAAGGCCGGUCUGAUCGCCAAAUACGCUCGCGAACAAGUAUCGGCCCAUGACAUCAAGACGUUGAAACCACAUACGUGGUUGAACGACGAGGUCAUCAACUUCUACGGCGCGCUCAUGCUCGGGAGGUCAGAGCAAGCGAUGAAGGGCAUGGCCGGGAAAGAGAACAUUGCGAAUGGGUUGGUCAACGGGAAGGGUAAAGGAAAGCAGGAGAGAAAGUACCUGGACGUGCAUUAUUUCAGCUCGUUCUUUUACUCCAAGUUGACCACGGAUGGCUACGAGAAGGGUAGACUAGCAAAGUGGACGAAGAAGUUUGACAUCUUCAAGAAGGACAUUGUCCUGAUACCCAUUAACCACCAGAAUAUGCACUGGACGGCUGCAGCGAUCAACUUUGCACGCAAGCGCAUCGAGUCCUAUGAUAGCAUGGGCAGAAUGGACGAGAAAGUCUGCAAGGUAUUGCGAGGCUACCUUGAAAAGGAGCAUAUGGAUAAAAAGAAGACUCCCUUUGACUUCACCGGCUGGGUGGACUAUUCGCCCGAGGACACCCCUCAGCAGGAGAACGGCACCGACUGCGGCGUCUUCACCUGCCGCUUCCUCGAGAUGCUCUCGCGCGGUGCCGCGUUCAAUUUCACGCAGGAGAACAUUCCGUAUAUACGAAGGCGAAUGGUCUGGGAGAUCUCGCACGCGCAGUUGCGUGACGAUCCGUAG